AUGGCAAAGCAGUCUACAAUUGCUAGGCGCGCAACGGUAGUUGCUUUAAAGGCCUAUACUCCUAAAUCUUCUGCUAAGAUCGCUGCUCUCACCGAUCUGUCUGUUCCUUCUAUGAAUCGAAUCUAUGCAGAAGCAAUUAAGCGAGGAUUCGAUCCGCAUCGCACGAUGGUUGAUAACCAGUAUGUCGAAGAUAAGCCUCGUUCUGGUAGGCCUACCAAGCAAGAUCCUUCUACAGUUAAUAUUAUCCUAUCAAAGGUGCGCCUAGAUCGAUACGGCCGGGAAAAGACCUGCGCUGAUAUCGCAGGUGAUCUUAGCAAGCUAGGAAUCAACAUCUCCGGUACAACGAUCUAUCAACGCUGGCUUUCGGAAGACGAAGCCAACGAGGAAGCCUGGAUUGACGAAGAAGAUGCGUGCUGA